AUGGUCCCCAAUGAGGAUACUCAAUACUUGGGCAUCAUCCAGUUACUUCUUCAUUUUGGAUGGAAAUGGAUAGGACUCAUCACAUUGGAUAAUGAAGGUGGAGAGCGUUUCUUGCAGAUGUUGGAGCCGAUGCUUUCACAGAAUGGAAUCUGUUCUGCAUUCACAGAAAUCGUUCCAAAAAACAUCAAUUUCCUUAGCAUGGGUGAGAUCAUCGAUCUCUAUCUUAAUGAUAUUCCUGUUUUCAUGAAUAGCAAAGCCAAUGUAGUUGUCAUUUAUGGAGAAAAUAGAUCCCUUGCACGGCUGGUGGGUAUUCUCAUUGUUAGAAUACUCAUUGCUCCAACGGAUGCUGAAUUUGAGGAGAUGACAAUUGCACGAAAAGUGUGGAUUAUGACAGCUCAAAUUGAUAUUGCAUUAUUUACAUUUCAAAAAAUGUUUCACAUGGAGGUACUCCAUGGUGCUAUCUCUUUCACAAUUCAAUCCAAGCAGGUUCUGGGCUUCCAAGAAUUUCUUCAAACAAUCCACCCAUCUGGGGCAAACAGGGAUGGCUUUAUUAAGGAUUUCUGGGAGGAAGCAUUUGAUUGUUCCAUUCCAAAUGCCCAUGGAUCAAAUAAAUUGAGGCAAUCCUGUACUGGAGAGGAGAGGCUAGAGAGCCUUACUGCCCCUUUCUUUGAAAUGAGCAUGACUGGCCACAGCUACGGUAUCUAUAAUGCUGUCUAUGCUCUGGCACAUGCUUUUCAUGGCAUGUACUCAUCUAGAACCAAUCAUAGAGCAAUGGAAGAUGAGAAACGUUUUGUCCUUCAUCAUGUAAAACCUUGGCAGCUCCACUCUUUGAUUCAGAGGAUCUCAUUCAACAAUAAUGCAGAAGAUGAAGUUAAGUUCAAUGAAUAUGGGGAAUUAGCCGGUGGCUUUGAUAUUACAAACUUGGUGACUUUCCCAAAUAACUCCUAUGUCAGAGUCAAAGUGGGAAGACUGGAUCUACAGGCUCCUAAUGGCAAGAAGUUCACCAUUACUGCUGAGACAAUCCAGUGGAAUAAACAGUUCAUUCAGGUGCCUCCCUUCUCUUUGUGUAAUGACAAGUGUCGCCCUGGCUACAGCAAGAAAAAGAAGGAGGGGGAGAAGUUUUGUUGCUACGAUUGUGCUUCUUGUCCAGAAGGGAAGAUCACAAACCAGAUGGAUAUGGAUGAAUGUAUCAACUGCCCAAAACACCAAUAUCCGAACAAAGGCAAAAAUAACUGUGUUCACAAAGUUAAAAGCUUUCUUUCUUUUGAAGAACCUUUGGGAAUCACUUUAGCUUCUUUGGCUCUUUUCUUUUCUCUGGUCACAAUUCUGGUGCUUGCAGUAUUCAUUAAGCAACGGGACACUCCCAUUGUCAAAGCCAACAAUGAAAGCCUUACGUAUCUUCUCCUCAUGUCUCUUCUUCUUUGCUUCCUCUGCUCCUUGCUCUUUAUUGGACAGCCAAACAGGAUUUCCUGUCUCCUUCGACAAACAGCUUUUGGCAUCAUAUUCUCUAUUGCUGUUUCUUCAGUUUUAGCCAAAACUAUUGUUGUGGUUGUAGCUUUCAUGGCCUCCAAGCCAGGGAAUAUUUUUAGGAAAUGGUUGGGGAAAAGAUUGGCACAUUCUAUUGUCAUUUCCUGUUCUCUUGCUCAAGUAGUCAUUUGUUCUGCUUGGCUGGCUAGUUCUCCCCCAUUCCCAAAUUUGGACACAAACUCAGUGUUUGGAGAAAUCAAUGUGGAAUGUAAUGAAGGUUCAGUCACCAUGUUCUAUUGUGUUUUGGGCUAUAUGGGAUUCUUGGCCAUUCUUAGCUUCACCGUGGCUUUCCUAGCAAGGAAGUUACCUGACAGUUUCAAUGAAGCCAAGUUUAUCACCUUCAGCAUGUUAGUCUUUUGCAGUGUUUGGCUGUCCUUUGUGCCAACUUACCUAAGCACAAGGGGGAAAUACAUGGUAGCUGUGGAGAUCUUCUCCAUUUUGUUUUCCAGUACUGGGUUAUUGGGCUGCAUCUUUACCCCAAAAUGCUAUAUUAUUUUGGUGAGACCUGAUUUGAACAACAGAGAGCAGCUAAUAAGACACAAGCAUUAG